ACAGUUCUUUUAACAACUUUGUCUUUGCCAGACGUCAGAUUCAUCCAAAGAAACAAAGCCUCAACGCCUACAUGGUUUUCAAAGAUGAGGAAGGAGUGACCGGAGCUUUGGAAAGGAACGGCGUGGAGAUCCAGAAAGAUUUUUACAUCAGAGUCGACCGAGUGACUGACAGUUCAUCACACGACCACAAACGCUCCGUCUUCGUGGGGAACUUGUCUUUCGAGAUAAACGAGCUGGUGUUUCGGCGACAUUUUGAGGAGUGCGGGUCAGUGGAGGCAGUGAGACUGAUUCGAGACCCCAAUUCUGGGCUGGGGAAGGGAUUUGGCUACAUCCUGUUCGAGAGUGCUGACUCUGUUCAGCUGGCGUUGGAAUUGGACGGUUCAAAGCUGGAAGGUCGGUCAAUCCGUGUGAAGAGGUCGAUGAAGACAGACAAGCAGAAGAAAACAGAAAAUAGCAAGGGAACCACAAGAACGCCUGGCAGAUCUCCAGCCAAACACACUGGUCUUAAGACAGCAGGAGGGCGGGGCACCGGGCCUGGACGCGGUUCCUUCAGUGGAGGCCGACAGAGACCUGCCAAAAAAGAAUCAAGCUCCUUUAGAGGAGAAACAGCUGAUCCAAGGAAGAAGAUGGAUAAAAAGAAAGGACUGAAGAAGAAGAAACCACGUCACGUCAGACGAGUCAAAGCUGACUCCUAAC